GCCUUCCUCAUAUGUAUAUAAUUAUACAUAUUCUUCUCCGUUUGUGAUUGGAACAUAAAUGGGUGAUAACCCUUGACGAAUGUUUUUUUGCUACUUCUAUGCGCAGCGUGAAGAAGCCAACGUUUUGUAACACGUGGUGUUUUUUUUUUUUUUUUUCUCCGUUGCGCUCGACCGCUGAGAUUUUUUUUUUAAAUCGCAAGGGUGAGCUCUGCGUAUUGGAAGUGGCCAACCGCGCAUUGUAAGAGGCUGGCUUCGCAUUGCAAUUGGCCGAUCGCUCAUUGCAAGUGGCUAGCUUCUCAUUGCAAGUGGCUGACCUCACAUUGCAAUUGGCCGACCGCUCAUUCCAAGCAGCGCACUGCCUAGGCUUCCCCUUUUCGAGGCAAGUGAAGAACGCGCCCCCCCAUCGUAGAGGCGAAGAAAGGAGAGUCACCCCCCCUCAUUUUUGCAAUCGUUCGCCAAAAUGAGCAUAAGCAAAGAGUCAUCCAAAACCAUGAUUGACAUCGAGAAGAAGGGCGGAGAAGGGAAAGACGGUAAAGGAGGAUCAAAGAUGACCAAAAAUGAACAGUUCCUUUUGCCAUUCACGUUUAUCCUAAUUGGUCUGAGCUCACUGAAUGUAUGGAACACAGCUUUGGGGUUAAAUAUAAAUUUUAAAUACAACACAUUUCAGAUUACGGGUUUAGUUUGUUCUUCCAUUAUAGCCCUUUUCGUCAAGGUGCCUAAGAUGUUAUUGCCCUUCGCGUUGGGAGGGUUGGCCAUGUUAUGUGCAGGCUUUCAAAUAGCUCACCAGUGUUUUACCUUCGAACAGUUUGACACGUAUUGCCUGAUAGCCUUCAUAGUCAUAGGAAUCAUGGCCGGACUGGCUCAAACGAUUGCAUUUAGUGUAGGCACAACAAUGGAAGAAAAUAUGGGAGGGUACAUGUCAGCAGGAAUUGGUAUUUCUGGAGUGUUUAUAUUUAUAAUAAAUUUGCUCCUAGACCAGAUUGUGCCUGACCAGAAGAAGUUUAAUGUGAAUGAAGCCAAGCUGCUGUACCUCUUCCUCAUUUGUGAAUUGUGCCUAGUGUUGGCCAUCAUUUUCAGUGUGUGCAAUUUGGAGCUAUCCUCCAGCAAGACGUCCAAAGAGGAAGAAUACAGCGAUAAGGAACAAGGACUCUCCUAUUUGGAAUUAUUAAAAGACAGCUACAAGGCCAUCCUAGCCAUGUUCUUAGUAAACUGGCUCUCUCUGCAGUUAUUCCCUGGAGUGGGUCACAAGAAAUGGCAAGAAAGCCACAACAUCUCAGAUUACAACGUCACUUUAAUUGUGGGAAUGUUUCAAGUCUUCGAUUUUGUGAGUCGCUAUCCUCCCAAUUUGAGCCACAUGAAAAUCUUCAAAUGGUUUACCUUCUCCCUUAACAAGUUACUUCUCCUUAACUUCCUUCGACUUUUGUUUAUCCCUUGGUUUGUCAUCAAUGCUGCUUGUGACCUCCCCAUCUUUACCAACAUCGUUCAGCAGUGCGUUUGCAUGGCCAUGCUCGCCUUCACCAACGGGUGGUUCAACACCGUGCCCUUUUUGGUCUUCGUCCAGGAGCUGAAAAAGGCCAAGAAGAAGAAAGACAUCGAAACCAUUUCCACCUUCCUCGUCGUUGCUAUGUUCGUCGGCUUGUUUAUGGGAAUCUGGACCACCUACAUUUAUGACUUCUUCCCCAUUGUCAUCAAAAGGUACGUCGUGCCGUAG